GGGAGGCUGGGUGCUCCGUGCUCCCUUCUGGAUCCCGGAAGCCUACACCUGAGCCUCAGGAGACCGAGGGAACUGGGAUUCUAACCAGGUUCAGACCCAGAAUCCAAAAUGGCACAAUGGGAGAUGCUGCAGAACCUCGACAGCCCAUUUAAGGAUGAGCUGCACAUGCUCUAUACAGACAGCCUCCUGCCAAUGGUAGUUCGAAAGCACUUGGCUGUCUGGAUUGAAGACCAGAACUGGGAUCAAGCUGCACUGGACAGAGACGAGGCCAAGGCUAACAUGCUCUUCUUUCACUUCCUGGAACAACUGGCCAAUGAGAUGGGCAGCUGCAGCGUGGACUCUCAGUGCAUGUUGCUAAAGCACAACUUGCGAAAAGUGCAUCGGGAAAUCCAGGCUUUGCCCAACGCCAAUAUCCAGCUGGCUGAAAUGAUAUUUAAUCUCCUUCGGGAAGAAAAACGAAUUUUGAUCCAGGCUCAGAUGGCUCAGUCGACGCAAGAAGAGCCAGUCCCCGAAGCCCCUGUGGAGAGAAGGCAGCAUGAAAUCGAAUCCCGGACAUUGGAAUUAAGGACCAUGAUGAAGGACCUGGAUAGAGCCAUGGUAGACUUGAAUACCCUGCAGAGUACCUUCUUCUUCCGCUAUAAGAACCACAUGCAAGUAAAGAAGUCCUUCCUGAACUCCGAGCAUGAGAUGCUGCGUGAGAUGCUGCAGCAAACUGCCAAUGCACUGGACAGAACUAGAAAGGAGGUGCUGGAUGCCUUCAAAGCACUGCAGGGUCGGUUAACUACCCUAGUUGACCUACUGCUGUCCAAGCUGGAGGAGUGGAAAGUCCAGCAGCAGAAAGCCUGCAUUGGAGCCCCACUGCACUGUGACUUGGGACAGCUGGAGCAGUGGUUCACAGCUGCAGCGAAGAUGCUGUUUGACCUGCGGCAGCGGCUGAAGGAACUGAAGGAGAUGAGUCUCGAAGUGCGCUAUUCCCACGACGCUGUCCACAAGGGAGUGGGGCUGCUGGAUGCCAGCGUCACUGAGCUGCUGCAGCGUCUGCUCCACAGGGCCUUUGUGGUAGAAACCCAGCCCUGCAUGCCUCAGAUGCCCCAUCGACCCCUCAUCCUCAAGACGGGGAGCAAGUUCACCGUCCGAACAAGGCUGCUGGUGAGACUUCAAGAAAGCAACGAGUCACUCACCGCAGAAGCCUUCAUUGACAGGAAUCCUUCUCAAGCACAAGGCUUCCGGAAAUUCAACAUUUUCACCUCAAACCAGAAAACUUUGACCCCCAUAAGAGGAAAGACUGAUGGCUUAAUUUGGGACUUUGGCUACCUGACUCUGGUGGAGCAGCGUUCAGGAGGCUCAGGAAAGAACAUCAAUAAGUGCCAGGGACUGCUGCCUGUGACCGAGGAACUUCACAUCAUCAGCUUCACUGUCAAAUACACCUACCAGGGUCUGGAGCAGGAGUUGAAAACGGACACCCUUCCUGUGGUGGUCAUCUCUAACAUGAACCAGCUCUCCCUUGCCUGGGCCUCCGUCCUCUGGUUCAAUCUGCUCAGCUCUAACCCCCAGAAUCAGCAGUUCUUCUCCAGCCCCUGCAAGGCGCCCUGGAGCGUGCUGGGCCUGGCGCUCAGCUGGCAGUUCUCCUCCUACAUCGGCCGAGGCCUCAACGUGGAGCAGCUGCACAUGCUGAAAAACAAGUUGUUUGGGGAGGACGUACAGUCUGAGGAUGCAGUGCUGUCCUGGGCUGACUUCGUUAAGCGAGAGAGCCCCCCCGGCAAACUGAAAUUCUGGAUAUGGCUGGACAAAAUUCUGGAACUGGUCCAUGAUCACCUCAAGGACCUCUGGAAUGAUGGGUUCAUCAUGGGAUUUGUGAGCCGCGGCCAGGAGCGCCGGCUGCUGAAGAAGUCCAUGUCUGGCACCUUCCUGCUGCGCUUCAGCGAAACGUCAGAAGGAGGCAUCACCUGCUCGUGGGUGGAGCACCAGGAUGAUGAUAAAGUGGCCAUCUACUCAGUGCAGCCCUACACCAAGGAGGUGCUCCAGAGGCUCCCGCUGACCGAAAUCAUCCGCCACUACCAGCUGCUGACCGCGGAGAACAUCCCUGAGAACCCGCUGCGCUUCCUCUAUCCCCGAACGCCACGGGAUGAGGCUUUUGGUCGCUACUACAGGGAGAAAGUUGACCUCCAGGAACAGAAGAAAUACCUGAAGCAUAAGCUCAUUGUGGUUUCUAACAGACAGGGGGAUGAGCUGCCACAGCCAACGGAGAGUGCGUUGGAUUGCGAAGAAGUGUUACCAGACCCAGAUCAGGAGCCAGUGCCUGACGUAGACCAGUUGCUGGAGUCAGAAACAGAGUUGGAGGAGCACGUGCGGGCCCUGUUAAACGCGCUGCAACCCAGCAUGCCUGCCCAGAGCCUGGACCCGGAACAGAAUGGAGAGCCUCUCUCAGGGCCUUUCCCGCAGCCCGCCAUAGAGCCAGACUUGCCUCCUGACCUGAUAAAUGUGAACACUGCGGAAAUGGGAAUCUUCAGAAACAUGAUCAUCGACAGAGUCAUGACCAACGGUGACCCGCUCUUGUCUGAACAGAGCAGCAGGGAUGAGACCGACGAUUCCUUGUGCCCCAACCAUUUCUCCGCACCCGAGACUUUGAAUCCUACCGAUUUUUAGGAACUUUGGGCCACUGUUCUUCUCGGAUCUUUUGCUCCUUCUCACCGCCUGCAUCGUGAUGUUGUUCUCCAAAGGAGAGACAUCAGGGUGUCCCCCUUCGAAGCUGGGUUGGAGAGAGGGGUCAGAGCAAUAUACAGUGGGUAGGGUGUUUGCCUUGCACAUGGACCUGUAUUUUAUCUCGGGCAUUCCAUUUGGUUCCCUGAGUACCUCCAGGAGCACAGAGCAGGGAGCAGGUCCUGAGCACUGCCAGAUGUGGGCCCAAAAAAAAAUUAUUUUUUUUGAGAGAGAGAAAGAAAAGCUUCCUUCUCUUCCUGGGAGGGAAGAGAUGAUAUAGCAGGUAAGGGACUUUCCAUGCAUGUGGCAGACCUGGAUUCAAUCCCUGGUACCACAUAUGGCCCCCCCAAACUGGCCAGGAAUGAUCCCUGAGUGUAAGGCCAGGACUAAGGCCUGAGCACUGCUGGGUGUGUCAAAACAGAACAGAACAAAAACCUCCUUCCCCUCUCUCCUGACUCAAGUGCAGCGUUUCUUUGUUUCCUGCAGGAACUGAGUGCAUUUGCCUCAGCCCAGCAAUGGAAAGCUUCCACCAUGCGAAGGGACAGAUAGCAGGUCCCCUCGCUGCGCCCCUCCCCCCCCGGGGCUAUGCCCGUUCCUCCUCCUUAGAUGCAGUAGUAUGGCACUUGCCUCGGACGUGGAUGACCAGGAUUCAAUCCCCGGUUCAAGCCUCAUAUGGUCCCCUGAGCAUCACCAGGAAUGAUUCCUGAGCACAAAGCCAGGAGUAAGCCCUGAGCACUCAGGGUGUGACCCCAAAACAACAACAACAACAGAAAAACAGUCAAACACUCCCGACAGUCCAGAGGACCUGCGCUGCUUUGCACAUGCCUUAUACUGCUGGACUCAGCACCCCUAGUGCAGAAGAUUUCCCAUCUCCAUCUCCUGGAGACCUGGGGUGGGAACUUAGGAAUUGCUCUGUCGAGUGUUGGAUAGAAUUUGGUAUUUUUUACAGAGUCUUUGAUAUUUCUCUACUAUAGUAUUCAUCCCCUUGGCUGAGGAGAUAAAGGACUAUGGGGGCCCGGGAGCAGCAGCCCAGCAUUGAGGGAGUAAGCCCUGAGCACCUCCGGGUGCAACCCCCAAACUAAAAAAAAAUGUAUUCCCUUUCUUCUAUGCAAUAUAUUAUUUACCUAUAGAAGGGUUUCUGGGCAAAGACCACCUGCCGGCAUCUGAGAAGUGUGCAAGUUUAUCAUGGAGCACUGGACAGCGGACACCUCAGAUGCCUUGGACGGCUGCCUUUCCUCUCGCUCAGUUGUGCUUCUAGUGUGACUUGAGGUGUCAUUUUCCUGCCUGGUGUGUUCGAGGACCUAUUUAGAGAAAAAAAACAGAAGCAGCUAAUAAACUUUGCGCUUUGCACUACAGUUGGAGCUAUAGUUCAGCAGGUAGGGUACUUACCUAGCAGUCGACCCAGGUUUGAUCCCUGGCACCCCAGAUGGUUCCCCCCACCCCCCCGAGCCCACCAGGAGUAAGUGCUGAGGACAGAGCCAGAAGUAGCCCCUGAGCACUGCCAGAUGU